ACUCACGACCUAGUUGCUCUCCGCCGGCCGCCGCCGUCCCGCUAGCUGGCUGCUCCCUGCGUCUGCCUCCGCGCCAUUCCCCUACCGCUUCCACGCAGCAGUGCUCCUCGCCAGCCUCACCCCUCUGUCCCCCGCCCAGCCGCCGAUCUCGCUCCGGUGCACGCUGACUCGCGCAGGAGCUGCUGCCUGCUACUCCACUCGGUAGCUGUGUCGGCUGAUGAAAUUGCUUCGAGACCAAGCACAGGCGAUCAGCUAGUGGUGGUGCUGCUGUAGGUGGUGGGUCGUUCUGAUCCUGCUUCAGGUGCUGAUCCAGGGCAGCUUGGGACCGGGGCAGCCGGCAGCCGGGCUCCCGGAGGCAGGUCACCGCUUCUGGUUGAGCUGUGUUGCCGUGAAGCUGCGCAGCAACGUCGCCAUCAAACCAGUGAGCUGCCGCCGAAUCAUCCCCCAGGACCUCCUCGCUAUGGCGACAAUGCGGCCUCAAACAAUCCUACUACCGCCGCGCAUCGACCCCAUGUUCAUCACCGAUGGCAAUGAAGGUUCACCCGUAAACGACAUCAGUGACAGUAAGCGCUUCUACUGUGCCAAGUGCAUGCAUGUGGUGCCAUGUGCAUGUAUGAGGUACAACUUCACCAUGUGCGACCACGACUUCUGCUCGAGGUGUGUCUCCAUGAAGCUGCGCCAGAACAUUGACUGCGUCAAAUGUACUGGAGAGAGCUCGACAGCGUCGGAGGAAUAUCGCGGCGUGACAAUGUUGCGGCCUGAAACGGUCCUAGUAUCGUCGCGCAUUGCCCCUUUGUUCAUCACUGAUGGCAAUGAAGAUUCACCGGUGGACGACAUCACUGAUGGCAAGCGCUUCUUUUGUGCCAAGUGCAUGCAUGUCGUGCCAUGUGCAUGUAUAAGGCCCAACUUCACCACAUGCGACCAUGACUUCUGCUCGAGGUGUGUUGGCUUGAAGCUGUGCCAGAACGUCCCUCGUGUCAAAUGUACCGUGGACAACUCAACGGCGGCGGAGAGAUACCGCAGCAUGGCGACGGUGCGGCCUGAAACUGUAUCAUCGCGCAUUGACCCUAAGUUCGUUACCGGUGGCAAUGAAGAUUCACCGCUGGUGGACGGCAAUGACAUCGGCGAUGGUAAGCACUUCUACUGUGCUAAGUGCAUGCAUGUGGUGCCAUGUGCAUGUAUACGGGCCAACUUCAGGAUGUGCGACCACGACUUCUGCUCAAGGUGUGUCGCCGUGAAGCUAGGCCAGAACAUCGCUCGCAUCGGAUAUUCUGACGGUGAGGACGGUGAUGAUGAUCUGUUCUAUUGCAACAUUUGCAUGGAGAUGGUGGCGAGGACCCUAAAGUUCAGCGUCAACUCGUGUGGGCACGUCUUCUGCUCGAGCUGUAUCACCCAGUACAUCGCCACGAAGCUGGACAACAAUGUAGCACGCGUCGAAUGCCCUGACCCAAGCUGCAAGGGCGGUGUCGUUGAGCUGGAGAGGUGCCAUGACAUCAUUCCCCCAGACCUCCUCGACAAAUGGGGUUUCCUGCUGUGCGAAUCUGCACUUGGCACCAAGAGGAUAUAUUGUCCAUACAGAGAAUGCUCGGCGCCUCUGCUUUCUGACAGCGAGGCCGGGGCGGCUGCGGUCACGGAGGCGGAGUGCCCGCACUGCCACCGGCUUUUCUGCGCCCGGUGCACUGUGCCAUGGCAUGGCGGCAUCACUUGCAAUGAGUUCCAGAAGCUCGGACUGGACGAGCGCGGCCCGGAGGACAUCUUGCUCAGGCGUCUCGUCGGCAGGGAGGGGUGGCAGCGGUGCCCCAAGUGCCAGAUGUACGUGGAGAAAUCAGAAGGGUGCAAUUACAUCAAAUGCAGGUGUGGAUACAGCUUCUGCUACCGAUGCACGACCAAGUUGUCGGCGCUAAACCAUUUCUGCAACAAGUGCAAACGCUGAUGAUUUAUUUGGGGUGUAGAGACCUACGAAUUUAUAGCCUCCUUGAAUAGCUUCAGUUCUGUUUGUGUAUAUAUGGGUUGUUAAGGUAUCUUUUGGUUAUUGCAGUGCACACUGGAGAUUGUUACUACUUGAUUGUCUAUAUAUAUCUAAUACUCACUCCGUCCCAAAAUGGUUGUCGCUCAAAUGGAUGUAUCUGUGGCUUGGAUGU